AUGUGGAUACGAACCAAGCAUGACACUCCAACUGAUGGAACAGGCCCUGAUGGGGACUAUCCUGAUGGAAAAGGUUAUUUCAUCUACCAAGAAGCGAGUAAUCUGAUCCCCUUCGACACUAACAGGCUGGAGAGCCCAGAUACAGUAGUUUCUGGAAAAAUAUGCAUAGACUUCUGGUACUACAUGUUUGGAUCAGAAGAGAUGAAUGAGCUGAGAGUGCUCAUCCAAGAUAGCUCAGGGGAGUCUGUGGUAAUUUUUGAGGCUGUUCGAGGACUGACAGAGUAUGGGGAUACAGCACUGGACAAUGUGAGAGUAAGGGAUGGACCCUGUGAAGCUAUUUGCAGUAUACACGGGGAUCCCCACUACAACACCUUUGACAAGCAGCGUCAUGACUUCAUGGGCACCUGCACCUACACCCUCUCCAAGCUGUGUGACAGCAACAGCUCCCUGCCCUACUUCAACGUGGAAGCGGCCAAUGAGCACAGGGGAGGCAACACCCGUGUGUCCUAUGUCCAGUAUGUGGAUGUUGAUGUCUAUGGCUACAGGAUCAACCUUGGUCAAAAAAAAGCUGUUAAGGUCAAUGGAGUCAGCCAGGUGGUCCCUGUGACCUUGGUCCCAGGUGUCAGUAUUUCCCUCAGUGGGCAGUACAUUGUGGUUACUACUGACUUCGGGCUGCAAGUCAAGUUUGAUGGAAACCACAGAGCAGAAAUCAUUCUUCCCAGUACCUAUAUGUCUAAAGUCUGUGGAAUAUGUGGAAAUUACAACGGGCAAAAAGCAGAUGACUUUCUCAACCCAGAUGGAGAGAUGGAAGCCAACUCAACCAGCCUUGGCAACAGUUGGCAGGUUUACAACGACUCCAGGUGUUCACCAGAUUAUGGCCAUACUCCAAACUGCACUGAUGAGGAAAAACACAUGAUCCAAAGCAAUGCAUACUGUGGCCUGAUCACAGAUCCAAGUGGUCCAUUCCAGAACUGCCAUGCAGUGGUCGAUCCACGGAGUUAUUUUGAAGAUUGCCAGUAUGAUCUCUCACUGGCCUGUGCAGCCAACAGUCACUACGAGCCCUGUGCUGCAGCCUGCCCUGCCACCUGUGUUGACCCAACAGCUCCCUACAACUGCAGCCUGCCGUGCGUGGAGGGCUGUGUAUGCGACAGCGGGUACCUGCUCUACAACGACCGCUGCGUGCCCAGCCAGCAGUGCGGGUGCUGGCACAACGGGCAGCACUACCCCGUGGGCUCUGAGUUCUGGACGGACAACACCUGCUCCUCCAAGUGCACCUGUCCCUCUCGGGGAAGCAAAGUGCAGUGCUUCAAUGCCUCCUGCCCUGCGGGCCAGUACUGCGGGGUGCAGAACGGCAAACCCGUGUGCCUUGAACACUCCUACGGCAUCUGCCACGUCCACGGGGACCCCCACUACCAAACCUUUGACAAGGUGACGCACAACUUCAUGGGCAACUGCACCUACACCCUGGCCAAAGUGUGCUCCAACACCACCUCCCUGCCCUACUUCAACGUGGAGGCCAAGAACGAGCACCGUGGCAGCACCCGGGUGUCCUACGUGCGCGAAGUCGUGGUUGAGGUGUAUGGACAGCGCAUCGUCAUCAUCAAGCAGCAGAAGAGCCACGUGCUGGUGAACAACGUGCGCCAGACGUUGCCGGUGAGCGCAGCAGGAGGGGCCAUCACGGUGAGCAGGAGCGGUCGCUACAUCGUCCUGGAGACAGACUUCAGCCUCAGAGUGUCCUACGACGCUGACCACUCGGUGGAGGUGAAGGUGCCCACCACCUACUUCAACCUGACCUGUGGCAUGUGUGGCAACUUCAACAACCGCAGAGACGAUGAAUACAUGAUGCCCAAUGGGCAGCAAGCCGCAGACUCCAAUGCUCUGGGGGAGAGCUGGCAGGUGCCAGACAGUGACCCCUCCUGCGGUGUCCCUGUGCCCUCCCCACCCUGCAGUGCAGAAGACGAGAAGCUCUAUGGGUCCGACCAGUUCUGCGGCAUCCUGACCACCAGGCCUAGCUCUUUUGAGAGCUGCCAUGGCGUCAUCAACCCCCAAGACUACUUUGACACCUGCUUGUAUGACCUGUGUGCCCUGAAUGGUGGCCAGGAGCUCCUGUGUGCUGCUCUGGAGGCCUAUGCUGACGCGUGCCAGGCUGCUGGUGUGACUCUUCUUCCCUGGAGGAAUGCUACCUUCUGCCCUAUUGCAUGCCCUCCCAAUAGUCAUUACAAUCCGUGCACCAGUGCCUGUCCAGCAACCUGCACUGACCCUCUUGCAUCACAGAACUGCAGCAGACCUUGUGUAGAAGGAUGUGAAUGCAACAGUGGCUUUGUCCUCAGCGGAGGACAGUGUGUGUCCAUGAGCAACUGUGGCUGCCUUCAGAAUGGCAAAUAUUAUGAGAAAGGAGAAUCUUUUUGGCAACCAGACUGUGUAGGCCAAUGUGUAUGUACUGGAAAUGGAACUGUAGUUUGCAAUUCAGACACAUGUGAAGUGAAUGGAGAUCAGGUUCAUCUUCCUGUGGAUUUGAACCAUGAAGCCAGAAUAUCCAUACAAAGGCACUACAUAGUCAUUGAUACCUCUCUAGGGAUCCAGGUUAAGUUUGAUGGUGACCAGGAGCUUUUCAUUUUGGUUGAUGAAAGUCUCAAAGGACAGCUGUGUGGUCUCUGUGGGACAUUCAAUGACAACCAACAGGAUGACUUUUUAAACCCAGAUAAAGUCCUAGAACAGGAUCCAAAUAAAUUUGGUGACAGCUGGAUAGUGAAGGAUGACAACAGGACGUGUAAUCAAGUUUCAGUUGUACCGCCUGCUUGUGACACGGAAAAAGAGAAAGAAUAUGAAGAACUCUGCAAAAUUAUUUUGAAAUCUGGUGGACCUUUCCAGCUUUGCCAUUCACACAUUCCCCCACAACUGUACUUUGAGAGCUGUGUCUACGAUCUGUGUGCCACGGAGGGGGAUUCUGAUCAGUACUGCAAGAUUUUAGAGGCAUACGCUGCUGCCUGUGAAGCUGAAGGUGUAAAUCUCGGUGAAUGGAGGGAGGAUACCAUCUGUGCUGCACCACCAGCCUGCAAUAUGUGGUGUACAUUUGAGGCUGACUUCUGUGAGUGGAAACAAGAAACUACUGAUGACUUUGACUGGAUAAGGCACAAGGGACCGACACCCACACCCAAUACUGGCCCUUCCCAUGACCACACAACUGGAGAGGGCUAUUAUAUCUACCUGCAAGGAAGCAAGCAAAAGCCAGCUGAUAUAGCCCGCUUGGUCAGUCCAGUGUGCAGUUCAGAAGGACUUCACUGCUUCCGCUUCUGGUACCACAUGUAUGGAGCAGCUGAAACUAUGGCUCUGCGUGUGUAUGUAGUUCACAAUGAGACUUCAACACUGGAAUGGAAAGAUGCUGGAAACAAAGAGGACAGAUGGAACUUGGGAGAAGUCACGGUACACAGCAGAGGCAAUAUGCAGAUUGUCCUAGAAGGCAUGAUCGGUGAAGAUCUCCGGAGUGAUGUAGCUUUGGAUGAUCUGUCCAUUGUAAAGGGACAAUGCACAGAUGUCACUCCAACAACACCAGGACCCACAAUCACAACACCAUCAGAAGAGACGCCCACAUCAACACCCAUGCCAGAUUCAGGCACCUGUGUAGUGGAAGGAGACCCUCACUACCACACAUUUGACAAGCAGUUACACAAUUUCAUGGGCACCUGCACCUACACCCUCUCCAAGCUGUGUGACAGCAACAGCUCCCUGCCCUACUUCAACGUGGAAGCGGCCAACGAGCACAGGGGAGGCAACACCCGUGUGUCCUAUGUCCGAUACGUGGAUGUUGAUGUGGCUGACCUGCGGAUAAGGCUGGGACAGGGCGGAGUGGUGACGGUCAAUGGGGUGGAAGAGAUCCUGCCUUGCAGCCCAACUGAGGGUGUGCAGAUCUUGUCCAGUGGGCUCUACACCAUGGUCAUGACUGACUUUGGCUUGAGAGUCAAGUUUGAUGGGAACCAUCGGGUGGAGGUGAUGCUUCCAAGCUCCUUUGGGCAGAAGGUUUGUGGCAUGUGUGGCAACUACAACGGGAUAGCAAGAGAUGACUUCCAGAACCCAGAAGGGACAAUGGAGCCAGACUCCACCAGCCUGGGUAACAGCUGGGAAGUGUCCAACAACAGCAGCUGCUCAGCAGGACCUCUGCCCAUCCCAGCCUGCAACGAGACCGACAAGCAACUGAUCAGCAGCAGCCACUUCUGUGGGCUCCUCAAUGACACCAGUGGCCCGUUUCAGGUGUGCCACGCUGUGCUGAGCCCCAGCAGCUACUUUGAAACCUGCAGCUAUGACCUGUGUGAGCUGGGGCUGGACCGUGAGACCCUGUGCAAGAGCCUGCAGUCCUAUGCAGAUGCUUGCCAGUCACUCGGCGUGCAGAUACCUGCGUGGAGGAACGAAACCUUCUGCCCGAUUGCUUGUCCAGCCAACAGUCACUACGAGCCCUGUGCUGCAGCCUGUCCUGCCACCUGUGUUGACCCGAUGGCUCCUGUUACCUGCAGCCUGCCGUGCGUGGAGGGCUGUGUGUGCGACAGCGGGUACCUGCUCUACAACGACCGCUGCGUGCCCAGCCAGCAGUGCGGGUGCUGGCACAACGGGCAGCACUACCCCGUGGGCUCUGAGUUCUGGACGGACAACACCUGCUCCUCCAAGUGCACCUGUCCCUCUCGGGGAAGCAAAGUGCAGUGCUUCAAUGCCUCCUGCCCUGCGGGCCAGUACUGCGGGGUGCAGAACGGCAAACCCGUGUGCCUUGAACACUCCUACGGCAUCUGCCACGUCCACGGGGACCCCCACUACCAAACCUUUGACAAGGUGACGCACAACUUCAUGGGCAACUGCACCUACACCCUGGCCAAAGUGUGCUCCAACACCACCUCCCUGCCCUACUUCAACGUGGAGGCCAAGAACGAGCACCGUGGCAGCACCCGGGUGUCCUACGUGCGCGAAGUCGUGGUUGAGGUGUAUGGACAGCGCAUCGUCAUCAUCAAGCAGCAGAAGAGCCACGUGCUGGUGAACAACGUGCGCCAGACAUUGCCGGUGAGCGCAGCAGGAGGGGCCAUCACGGUGAGCAGGAGCGGUCGCUACAUCAUCCUGGAGACAGACUUCAGCCUCAGAGUGUCCUACGACGCUGACCACUCGGUGGAGGUGAAGGUGCCCACCACCUACUUCAACCUGACCUGUGGCAUGUGUGGCAACUUCAACAACCGCAGAGACGAUGAAUACAUGAUGCCCAAUGGGCAGCAAGCUGCAGACUCCAAUGCUCUGGGGGAGAGCUGGCAGGUGCCAGACAGUGACCCCUCCUGCGGUGUCCCUGUGCCCUCCCCACCCUGCAGUGCAGAAGAUGAGAAGCUCUAUGGCUCCGACCAGUUCUGUGGCAUCCUGACCGCCAGGCCUAGCUCUUUUGAGAGCUGCCAUGGCGUCAUCAACCCCCAAGACUACUUUGACACCUGCUUGUAUGACCUGUGUGCCCUGAAUGGUAGCCAGGAGCUCCUGUGUGCUGCUCUGGAGGCCUAUGCUGACGCGUGCCAGGCAGCUGGUGUGACUCUUCUUCCCUGGAGGAAUGCUACCUUCUGCCCCCUGCAGUGUCCUCCCAACAGCUACUAUGACUCCUGCAUGACCGGCUGUCCUGCCACCUGUGUUGACCCUCAAGCCCCACAGAACUGCUCCAAGCCUUGUGUGGAGGGCUGUGCAUGUAGCUCUGGCUUCCUGCUGAGCGGAGACACCUGUGUGCCCGAGGCCAGCUGCGGCUGCCACUUUGAGGGCAACUACUAUACUCAAGGGGAAUCCUUCGUGAAUGAGAACUGCACUCGCUGGUGCCAGUGUGAAGCCAAAGGCCAGAUGGUUUGCUCUGCCCUGUCCUGUGGUGAGGAUGAGGUCUGCAAGGUCCAGGAUGGCCAGAGGGGCUGUUACCCAGCCAGCACUGCCGUCUGCCACAUCUACGGUGAUCCACAUUACAGCACCUUUGAUGGGAAGCUCCACCACUUCCAGGGCUCCUGCAACUACACAGUGGUGACGGGCUGUGACAACUCCUCCGUUGGCUUCAGCAUCACCACCCGCAACAAACACCGCGGCAGCCAGAGCUGGACAGCUCUGAACUCUGUGGCACUGUCCCUUGAAGGCCUCCACAUUGCACUGCGCCAGCACAAGGCAGUCUAUAUCAAUGGUGCCCUGGUCUCCCUGCCUGCUUCUCCUGCCCCCGGCAUCACCAUUUCCCUGAGCGGCUCCUACGUGCGGGUUUCCACCAAGCUGGGCCUGCAGCUGCAGUUCAAUGGGGACCAUGAGCUCCUAGUGAAGGUGUCUGAGAAGUACAAGGACAAACUCUGUGGGCUGUGUGGGACUUACACUGGGAGCCAGCAGGAUGACUUCAUGCGACCCGAUGGGGUGGUUGUACCCGACUUCAACGACUUUGGAACCAGCUGGAGGGUGCCAGAUGAUGAGUGGCCGCACUACAACGUCACCUCCAUAUACAACAACGUCACCGUCACCUGGAACGAGCACAGGUACUGCUCUCUCCCAUCUGAGCUUUUUAGUGGCUAUGACAAGCUCUUCCGCCUUGGCUGGCCGCUCUUGCCUCUCCAUGGGCAUGCCAUAGAUGUGCAUGGAUCUCCACCAACAGACUGCAAUUUUGCCUGCACGUUUGAAGAGGACUUGUGUGGGUGGGUCCAGGCAGAUUACAGCAGCAUUGACUGGAUAAGGAACAAAGGCCCAACACCCACGCCAAAUACUGGCCCAUCCUCUGACCACACAACAGGAGAUGGCUACUACAUCUUCCUGCAAGGCAGUGCUGAUACUCUCUCUGGUUUUGUGGCUCGCCUGGUCAGUCAGGAGUGCAGCUGGGAAGGAACACUCUGCUUCAGCUUCUGGUACCACAUGUAUGGAACUGCUCAAAACAUGGCCCUGCGGGUGUACAUGCAAAAGGGUGAGGAGCUGGUGGAGGUCUGGAAAGAAGUUGGGAACCAUGGAGACAGGUGGUACUUGGGAGAGGUCACAGUGAACACCACAGGAAACUUCCAGAUCCUGCUGGACGGAGAAUGGGGUGAAGAUGUGAGGAGCAACAUAGCAUUGGAUGAUCUCUCCGUUGUACAGGGAGCCUGUGCAGGUACAUCGACACCAACACCCACGGUCCCCUUGCCAGGUCCACUUCCUACUACACCCCCUACUCUGCUGCCUAACAUUACAACACCGUCAACACCAAGACCAACAACACCACCAGGAAUGUCCUCAGGCACCUGUGUAGUGGAAGGAGACCCUCACUACCACACAUUUGACAAGCAGUUACACAAUUUCAUGGGCACCUGCACCUACACCCUCUCCAAGCUGUGUGACAGCAACAGCUCCCUGCCCUACUUCAACGUGGAAGCGGCCAACGAGCACAGGGGAGGCAACACCCGUGUGUCCUAUGUCCGAUACGUGGAUGUUGAUGUGGCUGACCUGCGGAUAAGGCUGGGACAGGGCGGAGUGGUGACGGUCAAUGGGGUGGAAGAGAUCCUGCCUUGCAGCCCAACUGAGGGUGUGCAGAUCUCGUCCAGUGGGCUCUACACCAUGGUCAUGACUGACUUUGGCUUGAGAGUCAAGUUUGAUGGGAACCAUCGGGUGGAGGUGACACUUCCAAGCUCCUUUGGGCAGAAGGUUUGUGGCAUGUGUGGCAACUACAACGGGAUAGCAAGAGAUGACUUCCAGAACCCAGAAGGGACAAUGGAGCCAGACUCCACCAGCCUGGGUAACAGCUGGGAAGUGUCCAACAACAGCAGCUGCUCAGCAGGACCUCUGCCCAUCCCAGCCUGCAACGAGACCGACAAGCAACUGAUCAGCAGCAGCCACUUCUGCGGGCUCCUCAAUGACACCAGUGGCCCGUUUCAGGUGUGCCACGCUGUGCUGAGCCCCAGCAGCUACUUUGAAACCUGCAGCUAUGACCUGUGUGAGCUGGGGCUGGACCGUGAGACCCUGUGCAAGAGCCUGCAGUCCUAUGCAGAUGCUUGCCAGUCACUCGGCGUGCAGAUACCUGCGUGGAGGAACGAAACCUUCUGCCCGAUUGCUUGUCCAGCCAACAGUCACUACGAGCCCUGUGCUGCAGCCUGCCCUGCCACCUGUGUUGACCCAACAGCUCCCUACAACUGCAGCCUGCCGUGCGUGGAGGGCUGUGUGUGCGACAGCGGGUACCUGCUCUACAACGACCGCUGCGUGCCCAGCCAGCAGUGCGGGUGCUGGCACAACGGGCAGCACUACCCCGUGGGCUCUGAGUUCUGGACGGACAACACCUGCUCCUCCAAGUGCACCUGUCCCUCUCGGGGAAGCAAAGUGCAGUGCUUCAAUGCCUCCUGCCCUGCGGGCCAGUACUGCGGGGUGCAGAACGGCAAACCCGUGUGCCUUGAACACUCCUACGGCAUCUGCCACGUCCACGGGGACCCCCACUACCAAACCUUUGACAAGGUGACGCACAACUUCAUGGGCAACUGCACCUACACCCUGGCCAAAGUGUGCUCCAACACCACCUCCCUGCCCUACUUCAACGUGGAGGCCAAGAACGAGCACCGUGGCAGCACCCGGGUGUCCUACGUGCGCGAAGUCGUGGUUGAGGUGUAUGGACAGCGCAUCGUCAUCAUCAAGCAGCAGAAGAGCCACGUGCUGGUGAACAACGUGCGCCAGACGUUGCCGGUGAGCGCAGCAGGAGGGGCCAUCACGGUGAGCAGGAGCGGUCGCUACAUCGUCCUGGAGACAGACUUCAGCCUCAGAGUGUCCUACGACGCUGACCACUCGGUGGAGGUGAAGGUGCCCACCACCUACUUCAACCUGACCUGUGGCAUGUGUGGCAACUUCAACAACCGCAGAGACGAUGAAUACAUGAUGCCCAAUGGGCAGCAAGCUGCAGACUCCAAUGCUCUGGGGGAGAGCUGGCAGGUGCCAGACAGUGACCCCUCCUGCGGUGUCCCUGUGCCCUCCCCACCCUGCAGUGCAGAAGAUGAGAAGCUCUAUGGCUCCGACCAGUUCUGUGGCAUCCUGACCGCCAGGCCUAGCUCUUUUGAGAGCUGCCAUGGCGUCAUCAACCCCCAGGACUACUUUGACACCUGCUUGUAUGACCUGUGUGCCCUGAAUGGUAGCCAGGAGUUCCUGUGUGCUGCUCUGGAGGCCUAUGCUGACGCGUGCCAGGCAGCUGGUGUGACUCUUCUUCCCUGGAGGAAUGCUACCUUCUGCCCCCUGCAGUGUCCUCCCAACAGCUACUAUGACUCCUGCAUGACCGGCUGUCCUGCCACCUGUGUUGACCCUCAAGCCCCACAGAACUGCUCCAAGCCUUGUGUGGAGGGCUGUGCAUGUAGCUCUGGCUUCCUGCUGAGCGGAGACACCUGUGUGCCCGAGGCCAGCUGCGGCUGCCACUUUGAGGGCAACUACUAUACUCAAGGGGAAUCCUUCGUGAAUGAGAACUGCACUCGCCGGUGCCAGUGUGAAGCCAAAGGCCAGAUGGUUUGCUCUGCCCUGUCCUGUGGUGAGGACGAGGUCUGCAAGGUCCAGGAUGGCCAGAGGGGCUGUUACCCAGCCAGCACUGCCGUCUGCCACAUCUACGGUGAUCCACAUUACAGCACCUUUGAUGGGAAGCUCCACCACUUCCAGGGCUCCUGCAACUACACAGUGGUGACGGGCUGUGACAACUCCUCCGUUGGCUUCAGCAUCACCACCCGCAACAAACACCGCGGCAGCCAGAGCUGGACAGCUCUGAACUCUGUGGCACUGUCCCUUGAAGGCCUCCACAUUGCACUGCGCCAGCACAAGGCAGUCUAUAUCAAUGGUGCCCUGGUCUCCCUGCCUGCUUCUCCUGCCCCCGGCAUCACCAUUUCCCUGAGCGGCUCCUACGUGCGGGUUUCCACCAAGCUGGGCCUGCAGCUGCAGUUCAAUGGGGACCAUGAGCUCCUAGUGAAGGUGUCUGAGAAGUACAAGGACAAACUCUGUGGGCUGUGUGGGACUUACACUGGGAGCCAGCAGGAUGACUUCAUGCGACCCGAUGGGGUGGUUGUACCCGACUUCAACGACUUUGGAACCAGCUGGAGGGUGCCAGAUGAUGAGUGGCCGCACUACAACGUCACCUCCACAUAUAACAACAUCACCGUCGCCUGGAACGAGCACAGAAGGCAAAGAGGAGGGUUCUCCAACUCAGCAGAGCCAUAUGGCUACUACAUCUUCCUGCAAGGCAGUGCUGAUACUCUCUCUGGUUUUGUGGCUCGCCUGGUCAGUCCGGAGUGCAGCUGGGAAGGAACACUCUGCUUCAGCUUCUGGUACCACAUGUAUGGAACUGCUCAAAACAUGGCCCUGCGGGUGUACGUGCAGAAGGGUGAGGAGCUGGUGGAGGUCUGGAAAGAAGUUGGGAACCAUGGAGACAUGUGGUACUUGGGAGAGGUCACAGUGAACACCACAGGAAACUUCCAGAUCCUGCUGGACGGAGAAUGGGGUGAAGAUGUGAGGAGCAACAUAGCAUUGGAUGAUCUCUCCGUUGUACAGGGAGCCUGUGCAGGUACAUCGACACCAACACCCACGGUCCCCUUGCCAGGUCCACUUCCUACUACACCCCCUACUCUGCUGCCUAACAUUACAACACCGUCAACACCAAGACCAACAACACCACCAGGAAUGUCCUCAGGCACCUGUGUAGUGGAAGGAGACCCUCACUACCACACAUUUGACAAGCAGUUACACAAUUUCAUGGGCACCUGCACCUACACCCUCUCCAAGCUGUGUCGUGCUUCCUGCAGUGCCUCUGGGGACCCACAUUACAACACUUUUGACCACAAAGUCCAUAAUUUCAUGGGAAAUUGCACUUACACCCUCUCCAAAGUGUGCACUGCCUCAGAGAGUCUUCCAUACUUCGAUGUGUCCACAACAAAUGAGCACAGAGGAGCCAACACCAAAGUCUCAUAUGUGAAGUCAGUGCAUGUGGAAGUCUAUGACCAUCAGAUUUCUCUGCUGAAAAACAAGAAAGUGAAUGUUAAUGGUCACAGAAUGACCUUGCCUGUAUUUAUUGAAAAGAAGAUCAGUAUUCAAAGCAGUGGUGGAUAUGUUCUCUUGGAAACUGACUUUGGACUGUGGGUGAGAUAUGAUGGAAAUCACUAUGCAGAAGUCUCUGUGCCCUCUAAUUACAGUGGUCUGCUCUGUGGCCUCUGUGGUAAUUAUAAUGGUGAUCCAAAUGAUGAUAAUAUCAAGUCCAAUGGUGACAUUGCAAGUGAUUCUACUGAUCUUGGAGAAAGCUGGCUGGUGCCUGAGAAUAACACUAUAUGCUCCAGUGGUGGGAAAGAAGAGCAAUGUGAUCCUGUGUUGGAGAGUGAAGCAAAGAAAAACACAGCAUGUGGCAUGAUCACAGACCCAACAGGAAUCUUCAAGGACUGUCACAGCAAGGUGCCUCCACAGAAUUUCUUUGAAAACUGUGUUUAUGACAUGUGUUUCACUGGGGGACAGGCAAUAUCCUUAUGCUACGGACUGCAGGCCUAUGCUGAGUCGUGUGUCAAUGCUGGGAUAUGCAUAGAGUGGAGGAAUGCUACUCUCUGCCCAAUGUCCUGUCCUGGAGGCAGCAUCUACCAGAGUUGUGGUACUAGGUGUCCCUCUACCUGUUUGAACAUGUCAGCAGAUGAUUCCUGCAGUUCUUUGCCAGUGGAAGGUUGCUUCUGUAAGGAAGGCUAUGUUUUGAGUGGAGACAAAUGCGUGACAGAAAGCAAUUGUGGUUGUGUUGAUGAAAAAAACCAGUAUCACCAGUACACUUUUGUGGGAACCUGCACCUACACUUUGGUUGAAGUUGUCAACACAGCCACCAAUGUCAUUCCUAUAACCAUACUUGGCAAGAAUGAAGACAGAGGACUAAGAGGGGCCACAUACCUGAAAGAAGUCUACAUAGAUGUGUAUGGUGUACGAAUCACCCUUCAGAAAAACCAAGGAAUCCUGCUGAACAACGAGAGAGUCUACACUCCAGUGCAGAACCGACUGCAAGGCGUGUCCAUUGGAAAUGUUGGCAGAUUUAUAGUAGUGGAAACUGACUUUGGUGUGAUAGUGAAAUUUGAUGGCAAUCACCAUCUGGAAAUCACCCUCCCACGCUCUUAUUUCUCACAGGUGCAUGGCAUGUGUGGCAAUUUCAAUGGUAAUCUUGAAGAUGAUCUGUCCUUGACCAAUGGUACAACUGUCACUGCCCCACAGUUUGGAAAUAGCUGGGAAGUGGAGAAAGACAGUGAUAAGGGUUGUUUGCCAGACUUAAGAGAAGAUGAGGAGCCUCCUUGCACUGCUGAGAAUAAACAAGUCAUUGAAAAACAGUGCAAUGUUCUAAAAUCAGACAAAUUCAAAGUGUGCCAUAGCCUAGUCAACCCUGAUGACUUCAUAGAGAUCUGCAUUUAUGAUAUGUGCCAGUAUGAUGGUAUGAAGUCUGCCCUCUGUGAUAUAGUUCAAGUCUAUGUGGACACCUGCAAGAAUCAUGGAAUCACCAUUAAAUGGAGGAAUAGCACAUUCUGUCCAUUGCCCUGCCCAUCCCGGAGCCACUACAAAGACUGUGUCUCUCCCUGCCCAUCAACAUGCAGUGACAUUUUUGCCUCUUCCCUUUGUGAGAAUACAGAAGAGUGCACAGAGGGCUGUGAAUGUGAUGAUAAUUAUGUGCUCAGCAAUGGCAACUGUGUGCCUCUCAGCAGUUGUGGCUGCAGGGACGAUGACAACAAUUACUACAGUGCUGGGGAGACAUGGCUAACUCCACACUGCACCCAAAGAUGCCAGUGCCAGAAGAACGGUGUCAUCAGUUGCAGGAGCUACAGCUGUGAUUCUAGAGAAACCUGCGUGAUCAAAGAUGGAAAACACAAGUGCAAUCCAACAAGUUUUGGGAUAUGCCAGGUCAUGGGCGACCCACACUACACAACCUUUGACAGGCUGGUGCACCACUUCCAAGGGAAAUACACGUACAUUCUGGCUCAGACCACCCCUGACCUCCCUGACACUCUGACACAGUUCAGCAUUGAGGGCAUGAACUAUCCUCUGCGUGGAAGUCGACACAUUACUUACCUGAAAGAGAUGCUCAUCAAUGUUUACAACCACACAGUGCGAUUCAGGCACAACAAGCAGAUUCUGUUGGAUGGUGUGAGAGUGAGGCCUCCUGUUCGACCUCAUGAAGGUAUUCGUAUAUAUCAGAGGCUAACAAGAAUUUACCUGGAGACAGAUUUUGGCUUAUACGUGAGCUUUGAUGGCAUCCAGAAUGCAGACAUAAAGCUGGCUACCACCUACAGAAGCAGAGUGGAAGGCUUGUGUGGUGACUUUGAUGGGAGAUACAGAAAUGACUUCAAAAAUCCAGAUGGUGUUUGGGUGAGGAAUGUGAAUACAUUUGGUGAAAGCUGGAAAGUUCCUCUAAAAAGAAGCUCUCGCCUCAGACGAGAUGUCAACUCAGAAAACGAACCCGAGGAGGAACCAGAUACAGGGCUUUUCCAAGGUUGCAAUGAAAAUCAGCUGGAGCAGCAAAACACAACUUCAAAUUGUCAAAUCCUGACUAACUUGAAUGGUCCUUUUGCCAAGUGUCAUUCUGCAGUCCAACCAGAUUUCUAUUUCACGAGCUGCCUGUUUGAUAGCUGUGUGGAAGGAGAUGAGAUCUUGUGUCGCAGUCUGGAGGAAUAUGUGCUGGCCUGUCAGCAGCAAGGAGUCAGCAUGGAUGGCUGGAGGCAGCAGACAGACUGUGGAAUGUCAUGUCCUCCCAACAGCAAGUACAGUUCAUGCAUGUCUGCAUGUCCAGCAUCCUGCAACGACCUGACCAGCCCCUCUGAGUGUGAAUCCCCCUGUGUUGAAGGCUGUGAAUGUCUCCCUGGUUAUGUUCUUAGUGGCUUUGAAUGCGUGCCUUACAAACAGUGUGGCUGCACAUACCUUAACAAAUACUAUGAGAUUGGAGAAAUAUUCACGACUGAUGACUGCUCUCAGAAAUGCCAGUGCACAGAAAGCUCUACUGUUUCCUGCUCUGAUGAAGUGUGUGGGUCUGGAGAAAUCUGUGACAUUUCAAACUACACUCGUGGAUGCUACAGGAGUGGCCCAUGUAUGCCAAAUCCUUGUAAGAAUGAUGGCAUUUGCUCUGAAACUUCCAACAGCACCUCUCUCCACUUCUGUGAAUGUUCAGAGCUCUACACAGGACUAAACUGUGAGGCUGAAAAAAUAGCUGAAGACCCUGGCACGGAGGAUUCCGACUACACCAUUGCCAUUGUCAUCGGAGUUGUGGCAGGAGUAGUUGUUAUUGUCAUUCUCAUCUCCUCUGCAGUGUACCUGUUCAGAACGAAGAGAAAUGUGGAUACAGUUGUUAUAACAAGGGAUUCUUCUUUGAAAGGGUCCAGGGACAAAUUGGAUGCCAGAGUACGUGAGCAAGAUUAUGGCUGCAUUGUGAACAGUGCAUUUGAUCAAAAUGAAUCUUCAAAUGCACAUCUAUAGUUAACAAUAUUGUUCCUAAUAAUUUUUCAUACUUUUUACUCUGUAUUUUAAUCAUAUUUCUAAUAUUUUGAGAAGAAAUAAUAAUAAAUUUAU